AUGGCCAAGAGAGUGCCCAUCCCUAAGAAUGGAGUCGACUACAGAGGCAAGGUGGUCCUCGCACCCAUGGUACGCAGCGGCGAAUGUCCGUCGCGACUGAUGGCGCUGAAAUAUGGCGCUGAUCUUGUAUGGGGUCCCGAGACCAUCGACAAGGCGCUUAUUGGCACCACUCGCCGCGUCAACACCGUCACGAAUACCAUAGACUUCACCCGCAUCUCCUCUAACGGCUCGAAGAACCCAGACGUGAACCCCUCGCAACGCGAAAGCAUCAUCUACCGCCUAUACCCUUCCCGUGAAGGCCGUCAACUCAUCCACCAGAUCGGCACUUCGGAUCCAGAAAGAGCGGUCGCGGCCUCGAAACUGAUCGCCCCGGACGUAGCAGGCAUCGAUGUCAACGCAGGAUGUCCCAAACCAUUCAGCACACUUGGAGGCAUGGGAGCUGCUCUGCUCAAGACACCCGACAAGUUGGUCGCGAUCCUUGAAGCGCUGGUCAAAGAAGUCGGAACCCCGUUCGAGAUUGGUAUUAGUGUGAAGAUCCGCAUCUUGGAGAACCCUGAGGAUACGGCUGCUCUGGUGCGCAGAUUGGUCGCUACUGGAAUUACUGGUCUGACAGUACAUUGUCGCACAACACCCAUGCGACCACGCGAAAGCGCCAUUCGCGAUCAAUUGCGCAUGGUCGGUGAAAUCUGCCACGAAGCCGGUGUUGCAUGCUUGAUGAACGGCGACGUGACAAGCAGAGACGAAGCACUAAAGUUGGCAGAGGAAUACGGUGUCGACGGUGCUAUGAUCGCAACAGCUGCCGAGGCGAACCCCUCAUGCUUCCGUGCUGAGAAGGACGGUGGUCUGGCACCCUGGGACCAAGUUGUCAAGGAAUACAUCAGAACUGCUCUCGAGGUCGAAAACAGAUGGGGCAACACGAAAUAUCUCCUCGGCCAGAUGAUCCCCGGCAGAGCAAAGCAAUAUCGCCCCAUGAACCAAGCAAAGAGCUACACCGACAUCGUCGAGAUCAUGGGAUAUGAGGAAGAAUUUGUCACUCUGACCCGCGAGGUGGACGAGAAACUCGAGAUCAGUUUCGGCAAGAAAGAGACAAGAUCUGAGAGAAAGCAAAGAGCCAAUCAAACCAAGAAAGGGAAGAAACAGGAAGCAAAGGAGGCAGAGGACAAGCAGUCGUUGAAGCGUAAAGCAGACGAUGCCGAACUCAGUCCACCCCCUGAUGCCAAGCGUCAAGCAGAUGAUGCUGAGCUCAACAUGCCGCUGGAUGUUUCACGAUCAGAGGCCCCUGGAUCGGUGACCACUGAGCAAGUCCUCGCAGUAUAG